GUAGCUUUAUUGUAGCCCUAUAUUAUUUUGGAUGCUUCUAAUUUCCUAGAAUUUUCUAUGCUUUCAUUGGCAUAGUAUAGUUUACAAAUGUCGAGAAACCUCCUUAAUAACUACAUGGUUUUAAAACUCGAGUUUGUCAGUUUGAAAUCAGUGUUUGGAACUUCUUUCAUCCUCCAUCUCUCAACAUUUUGCUAUUUCCCUCUGAAUAUCAUUCUAGAGCUAAGACAGUCUAGUUAAUGUUUUUUUCUUAACAUUCAUUUCCCUGUCUUUUAGCUGUUGGAGCCAUCCUUUUACUAUGAAAAAUUGUUGCCUUCUUGAGGUAGAUGUCAAUGGCCAAGAAUUAUUUUUGGUGGACAAGGUAACCUAGAGAAACAUACAUUUUACUACAAUAUCCUGUUUCCUAUUGACAUUUUUGUCAUUGCCAAGUUUUGUGUUUAGUAUACUUUUGCCAUUUCCUUUGAGAAAAAAUGAUUCUUAGGGACUAAAAUGCAGCCUUGAAAUAUCUGGACUGACCAUCUUAUAUUAAUGCUUUUUAAUCUUCUGCAGAAUAUUCUUGUAUCUCUCUCAGGGAGAUUAAUAAAAUUAUUCAGUAAGUUGACAGGGAAAACAAGAAGGCUGAAAUUAAUUUUCGACAAAUUUCCAGGAGGUGCUGAGUGUUUUGAACUCAUUGCUAAGUUUUGCUAUAAUGGUGGUAGGAUAAAGAUUACUCCUUUUAACAUGUUUCAACUGCAUUGUGCUGCUAAUUACCUGGAAAUGAAUCAAGAAAUGCAGGGGAAACCAAAUUUGAUUGAGCAAACAAGUUCUUAUUUUCAGAAGAUUCAUUACAUGACAUGGUCUGAGCUGAUUAUUAGCUUGGAAAAGUGCCAACAACUCCUUUCUUUCUUGCCAUCUUCAUCUAUACUUCAAGAUUUCUUGGAUUGUGUUGUUGGAAGGCUUGAAUUUCAUAACAUUUCCAGCCCAUGUGCAUCUUCUUCCGACAAUUCGUCAAUGCAGUUUUCAGGGGAUAUUAGUACAGAAAGCAAGCGAAUUUACAGUUCUCAAGCAAUCUGGUGGUUUGCAGAUCUUGGAUUUUUGAACCUUAAUAUGUUCAGGAGGAUUAUAGAGACAAUGAUGUCUAAUAAAUUGGAUCAUUCUGUGAUUUCUUCCUUCCUGUUUUAUUACAAAAGAGUGAAAUGUCCCACUGCUUCAUCAGCUCAGAAAUGCAGAAUCAUUGAGACAGUAAUCAAGUUCCUUUCUUCUCUUGAUGGGAGUUUUAUCUCUAUUAGAUGUCUAUUUGACAUUCUUCAGGCAUCUUUUACCUUGAAAAUGAGCAAAUGUUCAAUAGUGAAGUUAGAACAUUUGAUUGGUUCCCAGUUAGAUAGAGCUAAACUUGAUGAUUUGCUUAUUCCUUCUCCAGCAGGGGAAAAAACUGCUUAUAAUGUAAAUUUAAUUCUGAGGUUGCUUGACAUAUUCUUCUCCAAUAGCCGCGAAAAAUUAUUGAUGUAUCAACUGAAGAAAGUUGCUGAGUUGAUUGAUCUAUAUAUCAUGGAAGUGGCACCUGAUCCUUGUCUUAAACCUUGUAAGUUUUUGGCAUUGGUAGCAGCACUACCUGAUAUUGCAAGAGAAUCAUAUGAGAGAAUUUAUCUUGCCCUGGAUAUGUAUCUCCAGGUACAUAAAUAUGGUUUAUCUGAAGAAGAAAAGAUAAAGAUGUGUGGUGUCCUGAGCUAUGAGAAGCUCUCAGAAGAUAUUCUCAAGGACCUUGCUCAAAAUGAAAGCUUUCCAGCUCGUGCAUUGAUCACUGCAAAAGUCACUCAGCAGAACAGGCUCAGUUAUUCGGCCACAAAACAUAUCUAAGUAUUCAGUGAUCAUCAUUAGAAUCGAUGUGGUCUUUGAAACGCAAUUAGCAGUGGCAAUGUAUAUACCAAAUCUUGAAAGGUUUAGUGUAACAGGCUAGGAAAAUCAAGUUUUGUUAGCA